AGAGGAUGCGGAGCCCGCAUGGACCCCCUCGGCGCAGCCCUGGCGCUGUGCGCAGCGCUGCUCCUCGCACAGCCCACACUCGGUGAGAGGCUGGAGAGGCCAACACAGGUGCGCUUUGCUGCAGAGAUAGCCCAUCAUCUGCUGCGGUGGGAGCCAGGCCACAACUCCCCCAGCAAUGUCCUCUAUGAAGUGGAGCACAAAGUCUAUGGCACGAAUCAAUCCUGGACGGCCAUCCCGAACUGCAUGAGGAUCUCAGGGCACUCCUGUGACCUCACAUACUACACACUGGACUCUGCUCGCCGCUACUAUGCACGGGUCAGGGCUGUGUCUGGAAACCACACGUCCCCAUGGCAAAGGACCAGCUCUUUCUCCCCACAAGAAGCCAGUCUGCGCCUGUCAGGCCAGAGCCUCUCUGUGAUGGGCAACACCAUCCAUGUGCAGCUGCAGCUCCUGCUCCGGACGGGGAACCUCACUGUGAAGUACGAAGACAUCCAGAAGCACAUGAGACGAUACCGGGUGUACAUCAGGAGGGCGCAGGACAAUCGGACGUAUGAAGUGAUGGAGACCUCCCCGGAGUUCAACAUCAGCAACCUGUUCUGGGACACAGAGUACUGCAUCAGCGUGGAGCCCAUCGUGGCCAGCCGGCACAGCGGCACGGCACGCACCGACGAGCAGUGUGUCACCAUCGGCCACAGGGACAGUGAGUGCUGGGGAGCCAGGGAAGGGGGGCCCUCGAGUGUGGGACAUGGAUCCUCCUCAGCCUUCUGGCCCUCGUGCUCAUGCACUGAAGACUCUGCCACGUCCUCUCUUGCAGAGCUUGUCCUGGGUGCCAUCAGCUCCUCCUUCAUCACCUUUCUGCUCUUGGGGCUCCUGGGGGCUCUGCUGGUGUGCACCUACAUCAAGAGACCCAUGAGGCCGCCGUCCGUCCUGAAGUCUUUCAUAAAGCAGAGCUCGCUCUGGGCAGAGCAGGAGCCCUCGUCCUCCAGCAGCCCUGAUGCAGACCCGGUCCAGCAGCUAUUCCUGUGCCAGAAGGAGCCCCAUGAGGACAGUGUCCCCAUCAGCAGCACCAGCACAGCCCAAUUGCCCAUGGAGAAGGGCUGGAGGCUCCCAGCAUGGCCUGAGGACAAGGUGUGCCUGCUGGGGCCAAAGACCAUGGGGAGCAGAGACAGCAGCAGCACCAGCACCGACAGUGGCAUUUGCCUGCGCACCUCCUCCCUGGAGCUGAGCUGCUCCUUGGGCACCGAGCCCCAGGGAUACAAGACUCAGCUUCCCAAUGGUGAUGACAGUGGCGUGGGCUUGGAGAGCUCCUGCCCUCGCCCGACAUGCUCCUCUGGGAACACCAUCCCGAUGGAAGACAGGCAGCCCUGCAGUGGGGAGCUCAGGAUCCCCCCUGACACCAGCCAGCAAGAUGUGGAGUUCCGUGGGUACCUGCAGCAGUCCAAGGGCACGGUGGAGCCAAGGCAGGACCCAGCCAAGGGGAUACCUUUCUCAGUCUGUGCAGCAUCCCCGCAGGGCCGGGGCAGCACUGACAUUACACUGGAUACAGAGUGCUCCGAGCUGCCUGUGGUCAAAGGGUAUUUGAAGCAGUCCACUCCUGAGCAUCCCCAUAGCCACACACAGGACCUUGCUCCAUGGAGAGUGACUCAGGAGCCCGCGGUCUGGGAUACUUCCAGCCAGACAGGGCCCCAAGCCCCUGGUCUGCUGAGCUAUGGGGCUCCAGGUGCUCCCCUGGCCUCCAGAGCCCACCCUGAGCAGCUGAAAGCUCCCUUCGACCUGAGCAUCUUCAACACUGACCUCAUGGGGACGCUGCCCCUCGCCUCCAGCCUCAGCACCAAGUGGCUCAUGCUGCAAAUCAACCCCUUGAGCCUGCUCAGUGGGGACAGCAAGGACAGCUGCCUGUGAGCAUCCCCACAUACUGACCCAACUACCUCUUCUAGCCACUGCUCACAGGAGCAGAUACUCUGAUAAGCUACCGCCAACACCUGGAUGUCAGCUCAUCAAACUGAGCAGUGCCCUGGAGAAGACUCACUGGAGAAGCACCAGUCUAAUGGUUUCUGGGGCUGCUUUGGCCCUGGCACUGCUGUGGCCAGCCCCCAGCCACGCUGCACCUUCCCUCUGGUACAAAGCUAAGGAGACACAGGGACAAGGCUAUGCUGGCAGGCUCAUCCCUGCCUCCUCCAGCCACCAAGCCCAAAGAUACACACCAGGAUGUUCCCAAGGCACAAUCCUGCCUCCUCUGCCCAGCACAGGGCUUGUGGCCUCAGGGCAUCCUCGAGAGCCUGUGUUUUCCCUCUCCCCUUCCCCCUUUCACAGACAAGUGCUGGGCUCCUCCAUCUGACGUCUGCAGUGCUGAUGCUGUCCGAGCCUUUCACAACAGACACCAGCAGCAGCCUGACGCCACACUAUGGUCCAUGUUCUGCCACUAUUGCGUACAGACAUUAUUUAUUCUAUUUAAUUUGUAAAU